UGUGUAACUGCAACUUGCAUCAGUCUCAGCAUAAGUGCACUUGUGUUCCCUGUGUUCCGCCACGUGUGUUGGUGGAGUUUCUUCCGAGUGUUCCAAUGGCAGAACUUGUGGUCUCCAUGGCCAUCGGGCCACUGAUGUCCAUGCUCAAGGACAAGGCGUCUAGCUACCUCCUUGACCAGUACAAGGUGAUGGAGGGAAUGGAAGAGCAGCACAAGAUUCUCAAGCGCAAGCUUCCAGCCAUCCUUGACGUCAUCACCGAUGCUGAGGAGCAGGCGACGGCACAUAGAGAAGGGGCGAAAGCAUGGCUCCAAGAGCUCAAGACGGUGGCCUAUGAAGCAAAUGAAGUCUUUGAUGAAUUCAACUACGAAGCACUACGUCGUGAAGCCAAGAAGAAGGGUCACUACGCCGAGCUUGGCAUCGAUGUAAUUAAACUCUUCCCUACUCACAACCGUGUUGUGUUUCGUCACAGAAUGGCUAGCAAGCUUAGCCGGGUUCUGCAAGCCAUUGAGGUCCUCAUAGCAGAGAUGCAUGCCUUUAGGUUCAAGUACCGACCACAGCCAUCCCUGUCCAAGCAGUGGAGGCAGACAAAUUGUGCUAUCGUCGACCCACAUGAAAUUGCCAGAAGAUCUCGAGACAAAGAUAAGAGGAUUAUUGUUGAUACACUACUUCGUCAAGCUAACAAUGCAGAUCUGACAGUUGUUCCCAUCGUUGGAAUGGGGGGCCUUGGAAAGACCACAUUAGCGCAGCUCAUAUACAAUGAACAUGAAAUUCAGAAGCAUUUCCAAUUGCUGAUUUGGGUCUGCGUUUCUGAUACCUUUGAUGUGAACUCCUUGGCUAAGUGUAUAGUUGAAGCAUCUCCCAAGAAGAAUGAUGAUACUGAAAAUUCACCACUUGAUAGACUUCAGAAAUUGUUAAGCGGACAAAGGUAUCUCCUUGUAUUGGAUGAUGUCUGGAACAGAGAGACCCAUAAGUGGGACAUGCUGAAGAUGUGUCUUCAGCAUGGUGGCACGGGUAGUGCAGUAUUGACAACAACUCGUGACAAACAAGUUGCUGAAAUCAUGGGUUCAAAUACAACCCAUACUCUCAAUGCUUUGGAUGAUAGUUUCAUAAAGGAAAUUAUUGUGGCUAGAGCAUUCACUCCUGAGAAAGAAAAGCCUACCGAGCUAGUCGAGUUAGUUGGUGAGAUUGUGAAGAGAUGUUCUGGCUCUCCUUUAGCUGCAACUGCACUGGGCUCUGUACUUCGUGCCAAGACCAGCGUGGAAGAAUGGAAGGCUGUAUCAUGUAGCAUCAGUAUUUGCACCAAGGAAACUGGAAUCUUGCCAAUCCUCAAGCUUAGCUACAAUGACUUGCCAUCAUACAUGAAGCAGUGCUUUGCUUUCUGUGCUGUAUUUCCCAAGGAUUACAAUAUUGAUGUGGAAAAACUUAUCCAACUAUGGAUAGCAAAUGGAUUUAUCCCAGAACACAAUGAAACAAAUGGACGACAUAUUUUCAAUGAGUUGGCAUCAAGGUCAUUCUUUAUUGACAUAGAAAAAAUUAAUGAUGAUGUGGUGGAUUAUUCUAGGACAACAUGUAAAAUCCAUGAUCUUAUGCAUGAUAUUGCAAUGUCUGUUAUGGAGAAAGAAUGUGUUGUUGCAGCUGAGAAACCAAAUCAAACCGAGUGGUUUUCAGAUACUGUUCGGCAUUUGUUUUUGUCAUGUAGAGAAGCAGAAGUUAUUUUGAAUAGUUCUAUGGAGAAAAGAUCUCCUGCUAUUCAAACACUGAUAUGCCAUUGUAUUGUGUCGAGCCCAUUGCAGCAUCUGUCAAAGUACAGCUCUUUGCAUGCAUUAAAGCUCUAUACAUCUGGGAAAUCAUCUGUACUGAAACCAAAGUAUCUGCAUAAGCUGAGGUACCUUGAUCUCUCAAGCAGUUAUAUGAAAGCACUUCCUGAAGAUAUAAGUAUUCUAUAUAACCUACAUGUGUUGGACGUUUCCAAGUGCAGAGAACUUGCUUGUCUUCCGAGGCAGAUGAAGUAUAUGACUUCCCUCCGUCACCUCUACACCCAUGGAUGUCUGGGGUUGAAGAGCAUGCCUCCAGAACUUGGAAAUCUCACUAAGCUGCAGACUCUUACAUAUUUUAUAGCAGCGGUUACUGGACCUGAUUGCAGUGAUGUUGCAGAGCUGGAGCAUUUAAACCUUGGUGGUCAGCUGGAGUUAUGUCAGGUAGAAAAUGUUAGAGAAGCAGGGGCAAAAGUGGCAAACCUGGGAAAAAAGAAGAAUCUCAAAGAACUGAGAUUAAGAUGGACUUCUGUUUCUGACAGCAAGGUGCUCAACAAUUUCGAACCUCAUGAUGGGCUGCAGGUUCUGAAGAUAUAUUCCUACGGUGGAAAGUGUAUGGGUAUGUUGCAAAACAUGGUUAAGAUCCAUCUUUUUCAGUGUGAAAGAUUGCAAGUUUUGUUCAGCUGUGGUACAUCCUUCACUUUUCCAAAACUGAACGAGCUUAGGCUAGAAGAACUGUUGGAUCUUAAGAGAUGGUGGGAAAUAAAUGAGAGGCAAGAAGGACAUAUAGUAUUUCCUGUGCUUCAGAAGUUGUUUAUUAGGCAUUGUGGAAAGUUGAUCGCAUUACCUGAAGCACCAUUGGUUCAAGAAUCAUGUAGUGGAGGUCAUAGAUUAGUAUGGUCACCACUUCCUCUUCUCGAGAAGUUGUUUCUUAGGCAUUGUAGAAAGCUAAUAGCAUUUCCCGAAGCACCAUUGCUACAUGAAUCAUGUGGAGGUUUUCGCUCAGCGUUUCCAGCCCUACAGGUACUCGAAUUGGAACACUUGGAGAGUUUUCAGAGAUGGGAUGUUGCAGCCAGAGGGGAACAAAUAUUGUUUCCUCAGCUUGAGAAACUAUCAAUUAAGAAUUGCCCAAAGCUGAUGGAUUUACCUCAAGCACCAAAACUUAGUUUAUUACAAAUUGAAGAUGGCAAGCAAGAGAUCUUCCAUUUGGUAGACAGAUAUGUAUCUUCACUGACCGAGCUGAUUUUAAAUCUAGAAAACAGAGAUACAACGUCAGAGGCUGAGUGCACUGUAAUUGCACCGGUGGACAUCAACAAGAAAUGGUUCCAGAAAUCUCCUCUUAUAUUUAUGGAGUUAGGAUGCUGCAACUCAUUCUUUGGAUCAUUUGCACCAGAGCCGUGGAACUAUUUUAUACAUCUUGAAGAUUUGUGUAUUGAUAGAUGUGAUGUGCUUGUCCAUUGGCCUGAGAAAGUGUUCCAAAGCUUGAUAUCCUUGAAGAGCUUACAGAUUGUAAGAUGCAAAAAUCUGACUGGAUAUGCACAAGCUCCUCUUGAGCCAUCAGCAUCUGAAAGGAGUCAACACCUGCCAGGUCUUGAGGUUCUUGCCGUGUGUUGUUGUGACAGUUUGGUAGAGAUGUUGAAUGUCCCGGCAUCUCUCAAGGAAUUGACUAUUUAUGAGUGCGAUAAGGUUGAGUCCAUAUUUAGCAAGCAGCAGCAGGGCAUGUCAGAGUUUGUUCAAGGGUCUUCUUGCAUUGAGGCAAUCACACGUACAGCUGUAUCAGAGUUGUCAUCAUCACCCAUGAAUCACUUUUGUCCAUGCCUUGAAUCUCUGCAUUUACGUGGCUGUGAAAAUUUACCAACGGUUCUGAAUCUUCCACCAUCCUUAAAGACCAUAACUAUUUGGGAGUGCAGAAGUAUUCAAGUCCUGUCAUGUCAGCUGGAUGGUCCUCCAAGAUCACAAGUCAGUGCUUCCAUAAAUGCACUAGAGCCAUCAGCAGAAACUAGAGAGCAUUCACUCCCUCCUUAUCUCACAACUCUACAAAUAUCGUCCUGUGACAUGUUGGGCGGGAUUCUCUGCCUGCCCAAGUCCCUCACGGACCUGAGCAUUACAAACAGUGGGUUCACAUCGUUGGAGCCUCUGGGGGGAGAGCCCCCAUCGUUCAAAUACCUUCUGCUUCAUGCCUGCAGUACCCUGGCAUCCCUACCAAAUGAGCCGCAUGCAUACAUGUCUCUGCAAAGGCUUUCCAUUACAUACUGUCGUGCCAUAAAGAAGCUCCCUAGAUGCCUGCGGCAGCAACUAGGCAGCAUUAAAGUGUUCAAACGUCUGGAUGCUCAAUAUGAAGUAAUGGCAUUUAAUCCAAAGACAUGGAAGGAAAUACCAAGAAUGGUCCGUGAGCGGAGGAGGUAG